AUGCCGAGGCCGCCGCUCGAUGGCGGCCCGGGAGCCAUGUCCGCGAUGGACGAAUUGCUUUGCGCUGUAAAUGAAUCGAUUGAGGCGUGUGCGCUUGACACGGAAGUGCCGCACGGCGUGCCUGUGCACACAGAGAGACCGAUAUCCGUGCGCAAAUCCAGCACGCCAACGUUGCCGUCGGAUAUGCCGCGGCGUCCUCUUCCCAAGAUCCCAUCGAGGUCCGUGUCGAGUGACUCACAUAUGCCGCCUGUGUAUGCGGAUCACUCGAUACCGACCUUGCAUGCCGCACAAACAGAGAUUGCGCCGCAAGGGAUCGGCGCAGCACACACGCGCCCUGAAAAAGCCGAACCGCCUCCCGACUAUGCACUGCACUCCAUGCCAUUUGCUGGCGCAUGCGCAGCACAUGAAUUCGAUGCGGCGGCGCUUUUGCAAGGCACCGCCGUCGAUAUGUCGCGCCUCUCGCAGAUUGCGCAGCUGCUCAGCUGCAUGAUGCAACGGCACCCCUUGAUCAAAGGCAGCGUCGUCUACCCCCUCAGCUUUACCGGGCGCAUGAUGGUAAGUACGAUCGAGUCCAUGAUCCAGCAGUACCUGGAUACAAUGCUGCAGCACCCGUUUGUGGUUCCUCCCGCGUACCUGCACUACCUCUCCACGAGCAUUGCCCGCUCGCUCAAGACGCAGCUUUUUGUCCACGAGGCUGACUGGGACGAUCAUCCAUUCACAUGUGGCGUCGGCGAGGUGUACAUGUUUUUUGCAGACAGUGCGACUGCAGAAAAGCUGGGACACAGCGCCUGCACGCGCCAACUGGCAACAGACUUGUUCGAGGCGCAGCCGCACGCACGCACCACGCUUUCUACAUCGGCAGCUGCUGCGUGCACAACCGCGCCGUGGGCGGAUCUGCCUACGGGCGUAUUUGCGCCGCUCACGCGGUGCUACAGCCCCACAUGUGCACAGAUGCACGCCCCUGGAACAACGUGUUAUUCGUCUACGUGCGCCAACGCGGGCCGUGGCUUUCAGCACAACGCCGUGCCAUUUGACGCGACCAGUGAAGAAGCACCGAGCGGCGCAGAGUCGUGGGUCGAGACUGUCCCCGCCGAGAUUGUCGCGACCAUCCCCACAGCCCAAGUGUCGCGUCAGAAUGCCAUGCACGAAUUUAUCCAAAAAGAAACGAGUUUCUUGCACGACCUCGAGCUGCUCGAAAAGUUUGCGACGCAGCUGCGCGAGCUGUGCGCGACGCCCAUGGCCCCCCUCUCCAUUCACACGCUCGACGCGUUUCUUGCCGACGUAUUUGGCAACUAUUCAGCGCUCACAAACCACAUUUCUGCCUUUAUCGACCGCUUGCACGAGCGCCAACGGGAAGAAUACCCCAUGGUCGACACCAUCAGCGAUAUUCUCGUCGACGCCGCGCUUGAGUGGGGCUCUGUAUACACUACCUACGUCCAGCACUAUCCAUGCGCGCUCCAUCGCUUGAAGCGCGAGAUCGCGGCGAAUCCGCGCAUGAGCAAGUUUGUGGACAGCUGCCGCAGGGAUCCUGCGGCCCACCGACACCCCCUGGACAACUUUUUAUUCCGUCCGCCCGCACGUCUGCAGCGCUACCACCUGCAUCUGGAAUCCAUCUUGAAAUACACCGAGUCAGAAGAAGACCGCGAAAAGCUGCAGCUCGCGAUGGAGAUCAUUGACGAGCAGUGCAAGGUCGCGCAAGUCGGCGUGGAAUCUGCCGAGCAGCGCUUGCAACUGCUGCAGUACGCACAGCAGCUGGUCCCGAAAACGAGCGACGUAUACACAAAUAUGUACCUCCAGGAUCCUAAACGCAAGCUCAUCUUCUAUUCCAAUGUACUCCGCCGCCCCGACGGGUUCGAAUUCGAGUGGGUGAACAUGGUCGCGAUCUUGCUGGACAAUGUGUUUGUCCUUGCCAAGCGCAAGCAAGAAAGCACAGAAGACCAAGGGGGUGCAGAGGAGCGCUUCGUCUACUACCGCAAGCCCAUUCCCAUUGCGUGCUUGGACAUGGCCGAUUUCAACGAUCCGCCGCUCACCCGCGGCCCGUUGAGUCGGCGCUGGAUGACAACCGACGCAAAUUUGUAUCCGUUUCUUGUGCGCCAUCGAUUCUCGCGCGAGUCCGUGACGUUGUACGUGCCCACUGCCGAGCUGCGCGCCGAGUGGGCCACCAAGUUUGCCCAAGUGCGCCACUUACAAAGCGCGCGGUCCGAGCAGGAGCGGCUCUUUGUAUCGCUGCCUCUUUCUGCCGACACCUUUGCGUCGUCCUGGAAACCCGCCGAGGCUCCCCAGGAGCUCGUUCACGAUCACGGAUGGGCAUUUGUGGACGUGGCAUGCGCAAGUGCCUUUCGCUUGGCCGACGGCACGAACAUGCUCGCGAUCGGCACCUCGGAAGGCGUAUGGAUUGGACUGCACGGCGAGCCAGCGUCGCUGGCCAAAGUGCUGCACUUGCGAAAUGUGACGCAGUGUGCACUUAUGACGCAGUGCAAUCGGUUCCUCGUGCUCGCGGAUCGAUCGCUGGUCGUGUACGACAUGGAGGCACUUGUGCCGAGCCAGGGCAUCCCGUCUAGUUUUGCGCCGUUUAAGCUGAGUGGAAACCGCGACGUGCUAUUUUUUUCCGUGGGCAUGAUGGACGGAAAAGAAACGCUUGUGUACGGCAAGCGCAGGACAAACGAGACGAGCAUUCGCAUCCUCCAGCUCCAGCUCACGCCCAUUCCCCGGCCUGGGCGCGGCUGGCGAAAAAAGCACACCGCCAACACGGAUGGCUCCACGGAUUUCUGCGAGGUGCUAAAAUUUUAUGUGGGAUACGAAGCAACCAAUGCCCAGUUCCUUCCAGACGGGCUGAUGGUGUCGUCGUGGCGCGGAAUGCAGCGUUUUCGCUUUGCCUCGCGCACGCUGGAGCCGUGGCCGUUGGUGAAAAGCAAUGCGCGCGAGGAUGCGGUGUUGUGGGCGCUGCUCAAGCAGUGGGAGAGUGCCAAGGCGCUCUGCGCUUAUGCCAUGCCGGGCGGCACUCUCCUUCUUUGUUACGAUCGCUACGGCGCCCAUGUCGACGCACAGGGCUACCCAAUCGUAUCGGAUGUCGUGCUGGAAUGGGAGGGCAAGGCACAGCGUGUGGUGGUGUAUGGCAACUAUAUUCUUGUAUUUUGCGCUGCAUUCAUCGAGGUCCGGUGCCGCAGCACGGGCGAGCUUUGUCAAUUGAUUGCAGGGCGCGACAUCAAGCUGCUUUCGCGGCACGAUGCGGUGCUUUGCGAUCCAGCAGUGCGGGAGCCGCUUUUGUUUGUGCAGCGUGUCAAGUCAGAGGCGAUCCGGGAAGAUGUACAGUGUGUGUAUGAGUUGGUGUUGCAAGAAUAG